UUUUCAAGGCUUGGUUCGCCCUACGAUCAUGCAGCGCCAAAGCAUGGUUUCGUGGUGUAAAGGCAAAAACCAGACAGGGUGAUUUAUUUUCUUUUUGAAGUUUUUUGGUUGCUCGUUACGGUGCAUUUGCAGAUUUGUCCAAACAUAUGAAAUGUCUCCAAGUGGCUCGUAGCUACUGUCGCACGCAGUGUCCGCCCGCAAGUGCCACCUCCUCAGUUUGCAUUCCUUGUUGGGUGUUCCUUGGGUUCAUCUGUAGUCUUGCUUGGUUCACCCACAGUUUGUGCUAUUGGUUUUCUGCAUUUUGUGGUGAGAUUGUGCGGAGAAUUUAAAAUCCUGUAGCCUUUCGUUUGUGUAAUUAUUUUUCCUGAAUUGGGGGGAAGCAAUUUCUGUAGUAUUUCGGGUUUGAGGCGAAGCGUAGUGGUUAUGGCGGAGGAGUUAGUAGAUAUCGUCAUACUGGGUGCCUCAGGUUUCACUGGGAAGUAUGUCCUCCGUGAGCUUCUGAAAUUCGCCAACCCACCCAAUUCCGUUCCUCGGAAAAUCGCCAUUGCUGGUCGCUCCAAAGAAAAGCUCGCCGCUGCUUUGACAUGGGCAUCCGGUGACAAGAAUCCUUCUCUAAGCUCGUCGAUUUCCAUAUAUGAAGCAGACGUCAACAAUGUUCAAUCUCUCAUCACUCUAUGCAAGAAGACUAAGGUUCUUGUGAGCUGCGUUGGCCCUUACAGAAAGUAUGGGCGGCCUGUUGUUGAGGCCUGUGUGGAGGCCGGAGUCGAUUAUCUUGACAUCACUGGAGAGCCAGAGUUUAUGGAGCAGAUGGAGCAUCUGUAUCAUGAGAAGGCUUCUCAGACUGGGUCAUUGGUGGUGAGCGCGUGCGGCUAUGACUCAAUUCCGGCGGAAUUUGGUGUUAUUCACAACACACAACAGUGGGAAUCUCCUUCUGUGCCCAACUCGGUCGAUUCGUAUCUUAUUCUCGAAACUUCCGGUAAGAGCAUCAAGGGGAAUAUAGGAACGUGGGAGUCUCUAGUCCUGGGCGUUGCUAAUCAAGCCAACCUUCAGAAGUUCCGAAAAUCAAGACCUCGUCGCUCUCGUCCUCAGAUUCCAACAAAUUCUAUGAAGCGCGGGUUGAUCCACUGGGAGGAAACCACAAGCGGAUGGGCUAUCAAGCUUCCAUCCGCUGAUGCAACUGUAGUGCGCCGCACACAUGCCACAGUGAUCGACAACCCCAAUGGGCUUCCCAAAGCAUCAGAAGACUCACCCCUCGAUGAACACCCAUGGACAUCCAUCAAGCCAGUCCAUUACGGGUGCUAUGUUGUGCAGAAGUCAGUUAUGGGAGUAAUAGGAAUGUUCAUCUUAGGCUUCAUUUUAGUCAUAUUUGCGCAAUUCAAAUAUGGUCAGAAGCUAUUAGUGCAAUACCCAGAGCUUUUCUCUUUGGGUAUAUUCCACAAGGAGGGUCCUAGUGAAGAAGAAAUUCAAGCAGCGUCUUUCAAGCUGUAUUAUGUGGGCCGAGGGUAUUCUGAUGCUGCUCAGGUGACACCUAGUAAGAAGCCGGACAAGGAAAUUGUCACCAGGAUUGUGGGACCUGAAAUUGGAUAUGUGACUACUCCUAUAGUGCUCAUUCAGGCGGCCUUGGUCAUGUUGGACGAACGGAGAAGGCUUCCAAAGGGAGGGGUUCUCACACCAGGGGUAGUGUUUGGUGGGACUGACUACUUGCAGCGAUUGCAACAGAACAGGAUAAGCUUUGAUGUUAUCAGUAAUAAGAAGAUCUAGAGGAAGCAACAUUCUUCACCCAGAAUCAUGAAUCUACAGACUCACAGUAAUCAAUGCUCUACCGUUUGUUGUAUUUCUUCUAGGGGGACACCUGGGGUUCCAUUCUUUUAGGCUUAAUCAUAGGAAUUGGACUAUUUCUUGAACCUGGUAAUAGACUUCAGUUGAUUGAAUCUUACAAGCUCUUUGUUUUUAUAUUGUUGUAUCUAUGUGUUGAUGAAUCAAUAAAAAUAAAAAAAUAAUACAUGUAUAUUAUCAAUA